AUGAGACUUUCCAAAUUUUUAUCUCCCUCAAGAUAUUUGACUUUACCAUCUAUUGACACUUUCAAGUACUCCUCUCCUUUUGCUGCUGCAACAAAACGACGACGAUCACAGCAAAAGAAGGAAGCAGAACAAUUGCCACGAGAACAACAAGAGACGGAGCAAUCAUUGUCUGGGCAACAAGCUCAAACAGACGAAGAAUGUGGCGCCACACUAUUCAAUGUAGAAAUGGUAGCCCUAGCCGCAGAGCGAAGCACUUUAGUUUUCGAAGAAGAAAGAGAAGCCAUGGCAGGGGAAGCCGAGGCAUCGCACGAAGUCCGGAAAGAAUCUGAAACUCAACGGCAAGAUGUUGACAUUAGGAGAUAUGGUCUUGCGACCGACUGCCGAGAGGAACCGGACGAAGAAGAAAGUGACCAAGAACCAAUUCAGCUGAGAAAAGUAGCGAAUAGGACAGCCACGAAGACCAGUGAGGAAAAUGACUACGAGCCUUCCUUUAUUGACACUCUCUGUUUCUCUUCCAAGGCUGCGUCAGGCGUCAUUGAGGAGUCACAUGCAGAGGAUGACGCCUCUCAAGUGAUCAAGCUAGACCAAAACGCUCCACCACCACCGUACAGAUUGGUUGGUGGAUACAUAUACAAAAACCACAAGGAUACUCCGAUGGGCAUGUCCAUCAAGAACUCCACGACCAAACAAGGCGUUUAUAUUUCGGAUCAUCAAAUUGGAAGCCGCUUUAAGUGGUCAACAGAUUUAGCAGUGGAUGGCAUGCAAAUUCUAAGUAUCAAUGGUCUUUCAUGUCCAUCCGACUUAGAAGUAACUGUGGACAUGAUGAAACAAGCAGAAGGAGACUUGAAGUUAAUUGCCGCUGUCAUCGAUCCCCCAAAAGUCAUUGCUCCAUUUGAUGACGAUGAAGACAGUCUAGAAAGUCUAGAAGCUUGUAAUCAGGAAGAAGACGGCAAAGAAUCCGGGAGCGAAGCACUGUCCGACUCAGAGAGCGAUAGCGAGGAUGGAGUCAGUGCACUUACUGACGAAAAACAACGAGCCACACAAUCCAGUUAUCAAGAGACGAAUUCAAAGGAUGCCAACGCACCCGAAACCACCCCAGUCCUUGCCUUACUGAGAGAACGAAGUACAAUACAAUUCAUAUAG